AUGGUUUUCUUCAGCAUCCUCGUCGGUUUCUACCGGAGACUAAUCACACUAAACAAUGUAUGUAGUAAUGCAGUUACGUACAGGUUCCGACUACAGUCGAAAUCUGUCAUCAUAAACCAUCCGAAAGGUACCAUAGAAAAACAGGAAACGAAAAAAAUAACAGUUGAUUACGACCCACACUUAAACGAGACAAAAGACAUACUUCUAAGUAUGCAGCUGAAAUCCUCAGAAUUACUUGAUGGGAAUCCUGGAAAGGAAUACACAAACUUAAUUCCCAUCAGAUUUAUGGCAGAGGAAGACAUGGAAGAUGAUAUGUUUAAAUCACCAAUGGACACCUCAUUCAGAAAAAGAAAGGGACAAUGGUGGCAAAAGUAAUCUUAAAACAAUGCUUUCGUGCUUGAGGGAUAUUACAAAAUUUGCUUCCCGAAACGAUUAAUUAAAUGUUCUUUAAAUAUGACUUAUAAAUAUCAAAACCAUGGCCUUUUAAAUAGAAAAGACCAUGCCAAAACAAACAAAUUGGUGUUUGAUCAGUUAGAUAUAUUUUUUUUAUAUUUCCCCCUUAAAACUGGAGAAUAAGAAACAUUGUCAUGUGAUAUCUCUGCAUUAAAUUUCUAUACUUUAUAUCAAAUAUAUCAUACCAUAAAAGAUUUAGCAUGCUUGGAUUGGAAGAUAAUUAUAAUGUAUGUUGAAAAAUAUAUGUUGAAAUUAAUAAUUUGUAUAUCAUUUACUGGUAACCAUUACUUGUUAUCUUUGUGUGUUGAUAAUGGAAAUAAAUAUGUAACAAAAUUAA